CCCGUGCACCCCACCCCCACUGCCCACCCUCGCCCCCCAUCACGUGACUUAGCUUUUUGCCUGUCUCUCUGCAACACAGCCUCGAGAUCGUAUGUAGCAUCGCAUUGGGUUGGACAGCCGCUUCGAGCGAAACCUCUCGCCGGCCUGCGACCCUGUUUCAGGGUCACAUUCACAUGCGCACACGCCGCACGCUUCGCCAGCCCAUCGCCACGUAGCACAUGACCCUGUCGCCGCCAACGGCACACACUCACCGCAGCACGGCCCUCUUCGUCUUUGUCGCCGCCAUCACCGCCAUAGGUGCCGCCGCUGUCCUUGCUGUGCGAGGCGGUGUGCCGCUCCUCCCUUUCUCCUGCUUGCCGUUUUUCCCGGCCUUAUCGCUCGGAACGAGCCAAUUAACACACACUACUGUCCCCACUCUCGAGAAAAGGCCUUUUCCCUCCGACACCUCCGCGAACACCAUGGCCGCGGCCGCGCCUUUGCUCAAAACGCUCGUCGUGCCCCCUGCGUCGGGCGCAGCACCGACGGCAAGCGUCAUCUUUGCCCACGGCUUGGGCGACUCGGGCGCAGGCUGGAUCGAUGUGGCACGCAUGCUGUCCGAACGUCCGCGCCUCCGUCACGUCCGCUUCGUCCUGCCCAAUGCACCCGUCCAGCCCGUCACACUCAACAUGGGCAUGAAGAUGCCGUCAUGGUUUGAUAUCACCUCCCUGGAAGACGUGAGCCACGCGGAAGACGAAGCGGGGCUCCUCAGGUCAAGCGAAGCGAUCAAGGCACUCGUGCACGCUGAGCAUGCAUCUUCGCCUUCGUCCAUACCGUAUGAGCGCAUCGUCGUCGGCGGAUUCUCGCAGGGCGGCGCAAUCUCCUACCUGGCGGGCCUCUCGUCGUACGCGCAGGAGAAGCGGCCCCUGGCGGGCAUCAUGGCGCUGAGCACGUGGUGCCCGCUUCGCAAGCAUGUGUCCGCCUGGUUCCAAGCGCACGAGAAGCAAGCAGAAGCAGCAGCAGCACAGUCUGCUCCGCUACCAGUCUUCAUAGCGCACGGCACCGCCGACCCAGUCGUGCGUUUCUCGUUCGGCGAGCGCAGCGCCGAGCUCCUAAAGGAAGGCCUCGGCCUUGGCGGCUUCCGCCAGAUCAGCGAUGGCGCGCACAAGGGCCAGCACACCGGCGUUAAGUUCGAGAAAUACAGAGGCAUGCCCCACUCGGCUUGCCCUGAGGAGAUCGAGCAUAUGGGCCUUUGGCUGGAGAAUGUCAUUGCAGAGUAGCCCUGAUUGGACAGUGAAGAAAUGGCACGAGAAAUGCAAUUCAGGAGCAGCCGCCCUCUCGCACUGUUGAAACGCGAACAGCCCUUCGAAUGCACAUUCUUGUCUUUCAUCCUCUUGAGACUCGGACAUCAACAUAUAGCGUGG